UGAGCUCUCAAAAACCACUAUGGCCAGCGCCACCACCACGGCCACCAAAGCUAUGUCGAAGUCAUCGACAUCGAGUGCUAAAGCAGCACUUCGGAGGUUUGUUGGGGUUCGGCAAAGACCUUCCGGGAGGUGGGUAGCCGAAAUCAAGGACUCUUCUCAACGUGUAAGGCUUUGGCUCGGAACCUACGACACUCCUGAAGAGGCAGCAAGAGCCUAUGAUGAAGCUGCUAGAGCUCUACGUGGUGAAAACGCCCGUACAAACUUUGCAGCACCGGCGGGCAACCCUGACAGCAACUCGAGCCUUUUGGCUAACUCUUGUCCCAAUCCGAAUGGCACUUUUAUGCCUUCUGGUUUAUCUGAUGGACGUCACGGCGGGGGACAAGGACUUAGCUUUUCUUCCUUGAAGGCCAAGCUAAGCAAGAACCUCCAAAGCAUUAUGGCAAGGAGUAGUGAUCACCAUAACAAGUCCUCUAAAAGUAGGGUGAGUGACCACUUCACUUUUGCAAGUAUAUUUCACUUCAGAAAGUAUCAGCAAUACCAAAACAACCCAGUAAAUCCUUUGUUCGACAUGAAGAACAUAGAAAAAGUAGUACAGCCUAGCAUCAUUGUGCCCCAUGCUGCAGAAACUAGUACUCUUAUUGUUCCCCAUGCUGGAGAAACUAGUACUAGUACUAGCACUGAGCCUUCAUCCUGGGAAAGUUCUAGUAUUUCGGAUUGUAGCGACUGGGGUUACAGCUUCAGGCAACGGGGGAUGGACUCUGACGGGUCGGAUCUUGGGGAUGGGUUCAUGGAUCAAAUCAUGGGGUGGAUGGAUAGUCCAGAUCAGAUGAGUAGCGCUAGCGUUACUGUUGGUGAUGAUUGUGAGGAGGGGUCAAGGAGUAAGAGGUUCAAGGUUUCUUCUUCUGUGAUGGUGCCUUCAACAUUUGCUGGAUCGCCAUACAAUAAUAAUUAG